CUUCAAAGUGGGUGCAUACCACAUGUAUUUAUCAUCAUCAUCAGUACGACGCACCUCCGACGGUGUCCGUAAGACGACGAGAAGACUGCUAGUGGCCGGGCAAGUCAUGACUUCAACCUGAGGGCUUGAUCCGCGAAAGUGAAAAGCACAUGGCCGCACUCGCCGCAGACGAAAAUGAAGCUGGCUGACGCCGCAAAGCGGGCAGAUGCCAUCGGCAGAGCCCAGGCAUGCCUCCGGCCGCACUGCUCGCUCAAGCUUCGCCGGACGAUCAACUUCUCUGGGCAAAAGCCAGCAGACCUCUUCGUCGCAGAGGUCUCCCAAGGGUCACGCUCACCGCUCCUUGCCGCUGCCCGGAGAACCGUCGAGCUCGAGCCCCGCUUCCGUCAAGCAGCCGCCGUGCCAGCGCCAAUGCUGCGUCCCGAGCACAUCUAGGUGCCAGCGACCUCGCGAAGAGCCGCCGCAGUUCAACCGAUGGCCGGAUGAGGCCACUCGUUCGGCGGCCACGGCGAGUGGCGGAGGCAUGUUUAGCGACAGCUCCCUCGUGCGCAACAGAGCCGGGCCCAAGUUGGCCGUCACGUCGCGACGGCGCCAGUCCGAACCCAGCCCCAGCAGACCGCCGCCGCAGCCACCGCCACCGGCAACACACCCCUAUCCUCAACCGCGUCAACAGCCCCCGGCACAUCAACAACCGCCGCAGCAAGUUCAGGCACCGCGACAAGCACCGCCUCCGCCGCCGCCGGCUCAGACGAUACAGCCUUUAUCACAGAGCCGCUCGGGAACCAUAUUCGCCUUCACCGUCGCCGCUUUCGUGCUGCUCUGCAGCGGCGCCAUCAGCGCCUACUACGUGUGGUACAGCCACGGAGAGUUCGCCAGGCAGCGCACGACGGAGCUCAACAGGUUCGGCGUAGCGGUGCAGGGGCCGCGAACGGAGACGCCGGUGGAAGUGCAACCGCCCAUUCUCGCAGUACCGUCCGCACUCGACGGCGAGCAGCCGCCGGCGCCUCAGCAGCAGCCCGAGACGACCACCGCGACGUCGACUAAGCGCGAGAUGUACUUCGGCACGCCGCUGGGUCGUCGGCGCGCUCUCAAGUUGCGCCCCGAAGACGACACGACGUCGGAGUUGGCGAGCCGGCGGCGCCGCUGUCUGACGCGCUUCUGCCAGGAGCGCACCGACGCGGUGCUCUCGGCGCUCAACUGGACCAUCGACCCGUGCACAGACUUCGAAGCGUUCACUUGCUCGAGGUGGCAGGCGCCGGCGCCAGCCGAGGCCCUCCUGGCCGAACAAUUGGAGCGCGAGCUGUACCUAUCGCUUUCGAGCAAACUCAAGCCGGAGGUGUGGCGCGUCGAAGGCCUGCUCGAAGAGUGCCUUCGCAGUCCGCUGCCACAGGCGUCGCGGCUUCAGCUGCGAUCUCUGUUGCGCGACAUGGGUCUGUACGGCUGGCCCUUUCGCGCCGACGCCCAGAGUCGUGGAGACGUGUGGAAGGCCGCUGCUCUGCUUUUCCGCCACCUGUCCCUGACGCCGCUGCUCGGGAUCGCCGUGGCGCCGCACCCGCGCAACGCCUCGCAGCCGCUCGUGGCGCUGGACGAGCCGGACAUGCUGCCGGACGCAGCGCACGCGCUGGACGCCGCUUUCAAACACUACACGCCAGGACGCUACGUGGAGCUCGCCGAGCGUGUCAGCGACUUCUCGUCGCGGCUGUCGCAGAUCGUGACGGGACGGCGCGCGGCACGCCUGAGCACGCUGCGAAUCCACGCGUCUUUCGCGCCUUUCCUGGCGCUCGCUCUGGGCGACUUGGUGAAGCUGCAGGAGCGCACGCCGUUGCUGCUGCGUUGCGAGCGAUUCGUGCGCGCCCUGAAGGCGCUGCUGCACGCGACACGCAACCGGGACCUGCUGAACUACCUGGGCUACCGGGCGCUCGUCUACGUCUCGCCGUUGCUCACCGAGGAGGCGCGACCGCUGGCGGCAGCGCGAAUGCUGCAGAUCACGGGACGUCGCCGCUACGGCUGGCCACGCUGGCGCCGCUGCGUGCGACUCGCCGAGCGCGCCGCACCCGAGCUGAUGGCGUACGCGCUGGCCCGAGCCGUCCAACUGGACCGAAUAGCCGGGCUGCGGUUCGCUCGAGACCUGGCCGCGGCCGUGAACGAAUCACUGGGUGCCUUCACCUGGCUCGCGGAGGCUGACCGCCGCAACGCGCGGACUCUUCUCGGUGCGCUGGACGUACAGGUGUUCUACCCGGCCUGGAUCGGCAACACGACGCUGCGCGAGGCCUACGAUUCACUAUUCCCCGAGGUGACGCGAGGAAACGUGCUGCAGACCUACAGGGACUUCAUGCGCAAGUUGACGGAACGUCGGCUAGCGGCACAGCUGGGGGCCGGAGGCGGCACCGACGGUUCCUCCGAAAAAAGCGGCGGCAAAGGCGGUGCCACUGCGCUGAUGGACGGUCCGCUCAGCGCCCCGUGGCCCUGGUCGGCACUGGACGUGCGCGCGGGUCUGGAUGCGGACGCGCUCAGAGUGUUCGUGCCGCCCGCUAUCGUUAACGGCAGCACACACGGUGGAGACGCUUGGCUGGCCGCCCAGUUACCCGCACAGGGCCCGAGGCUGGCGCAGGCCCUACUGGAGGCGCUGCACGAACGUGCGCACCCUGCGGCGCGCUACCAUUGGUCGCUCAACACCAGCGUUCAGGCUGCCCAGUUGGAGCGGUGCUUGCAGCCCGCCGGCGGCCUGGUGGUGCGACUGUCUCUGGAGCCCUCGCAGGCACUGUUCACCCGCUACGUGUCCACGGUGCGCGCUCAGGGCAUCCAGGACGCCGCCUUCCUGUCGCCGGGCAACGUCACCUCGGAGCGGCUCUUCUACGUGCUGUUCGCCAUGGGCGGAUGCGGAGACACCGGCGACGCAAAGGGACGCGUCAACGCGGCGCUGCGCGAGACGCCGCAGUUCGCGGCCGCCUGGGACUGCCGCGUUCGCAGCCCCAUGGCGCCCCGACAACAGUGCCUGCCGCCCCGCGAGACGACGCCUUCUUCGUGAACACCGGCGACGUCGAAGAAACACGCGAGCAGCAGGUUGUACUGCGCAUGCUCUGUCGACACCACCUUUCCUUCAACGCAACGCCUUCUGGAUUACACGCCUUCAUUUUGUCACCGGCUGACUCUCGGCAUGUCUGACCAGUGCACGUCAGUCUUUGACCAGAGUACGCCAGACUUUAGCCAGAGUCCCUAAGUCGAAAGUCUGUAGCUUUGCGUUCGACGCCAUCCAUUCCACCACCGACAAAGAUAUGGUAGUCUCCAGUCACUACACAGGAUCAUGUUUCAUCGUGUUGCCAUACAUCGGCCAUACCCGUCAACUGUGCCACGCAACGAUACUUGUCACAGAGACGUGCUGUGGUCUUCAUCCCCGAUACAUUGAUAUCCAUAUCUGCGGCAAGUCACUGCGUCACUUCCGCCCAGUUCCGUGCAUGCAAGCGGCUAAAGACUGGCAUAUAGCGCGUUACCAAAAGCAUACAAGCC